CAAAAACCAAAAAAACGAAUUAGCGUUUCCAAAGCUUGUAAUAAUUACACCAAAAGCGGCUCAUUUUUUUUCCGUCUCUCUCAGUGUUUUGCAAUCUCACAUUAUAAAACCACUUGUUUGAAAUACUCUCAAACACAUUAUAAUCCGUUACAUAUUGACCCGACCCGGAUCCGAAUCCGAAUCCGAAAUGGAGGCCCAAUACCGGAACCACGACGGAGACACCUCCUUCUCUAGCCUCCGUGUCUACCUCAACUCUCUCUCCGACACUCCCUCCCGUUUUUCCCGCCGCGCCGUUUCCGUUUCCACCUCUUACGACGAGAUGAGCCGCGUCCGCGCCGUCUCCGGCGAGCAGAUGCGCCGCACUCUCCGUUGGUACGAUCUCAUCGGUCUCGGAAUUGGCGGAAUGAUCGGAGCCGGCGUUUUCGUCACCACCGGCCGUGCUAGUCGUCUCUACGCUGGUCCAUCAAUCGUUGUCUCCUACGCAAUCGCUGGACUCUCCGCUCUCCUCUCCGCCUUCUGUUACACCGAGUUCGCCGUCCACCUUCCCGUCGCCGGCGGUGCUUUCAGCUACAUCCGUAUCACAUUCGGCGAGUUCCCGGCGUUUAUAACCGGAGCAAAUCUGAUAAUGGACUACGUAAUGUCAAACGCCGCCGUUUCAAGAGGCUUCACAGCUUAUCUCGGAUCUGCUUUCGGAAUCUCAGCAUCGGAGUGGAGAUUCAUCGUCUCCGGUCUCCCAAACGGAUUCAACGUAAUCGAUCCAAUCGCCGUUAUCGUCGUCCUCACCGUCACGUUCAUCAUUUGUUACAGUACGAGAGAGAGUUCGAAGGUGAAUAUGGUUUUAACGGCGUUACACAUUGCAUUCUUAGUAUUCGUGAUCGUCAUGGGUUUCUGGAAAGGAGACAUAAAGAAUCUAACCCGACCCGAUAACCCGGAAAAUCCAUCCGGAUUCUUCCCGUUCGGGGUUUCGGGUGUGUUUAACGGAGCAGCAAUGGUUUACCUAAGCUACAUAGGAUACGACGCCGUUUCGACAAUGGCUGAAGAAGUAAAAGACCCGGUCAAAGACAUACCAAUGGGAAUCUCUGGCUCGGUCGCAAUCGUCAUUGUACUUUACUGUUUAAUGGCUAUCUCUAUGUCAAUGCUUCUCCCGUACGAUCUGAUAGAUCCGGAAGCACCGUACUCGGCGGCGUUUAGUAAAUCGGAAGGAUGGGAAUGGGUGACGAAAGCGGUAGGGAUAGGAGCAAGUUUUGGGAUAUUAACGUCGUUGUUAGUAGCCAUGUUGGGUCAGGCUCGGUACAUGUGUGUCAUCGGACGGUCAAGAGUUGUCCCCAUUUGGUUCGCUAAGGUUCAUCCCAAGACAUCUACUCCAGUCAACGCUUCCGCUUUUCUUGGAAUCUUCACGGCGUUUCUCGCCCUCUUCACCGACCUAAACGUCCUCCUAAACCUAGUAUCCAUUGGAACGCUAUUCGUCUUCUACAUGGUCGCAAACGCUGUUAUAUUUCGCCGCUAUGUAGCGGUCGGAUACACCAAGCCAUGGCCAACACUCUCCUUCCUCUGCCUAUUCUCCAUAACCUCAAUUUUCUUCACCUUAGUCUGGCAACUUGCACCGCGAGGCCCACCUAAAUGGUUCAUACUCGGAGCCAGCGCGGUCACGGCUAUAGCCAUCGUUCAGAUAUUCCAUUGUGUAGUACCUCAAGCUAGGAUCCCUGAGUUUUGGGGUGUACCGUUGAUGCCGUGGACUCCAUGCGUUUCAAUAUUUUUGAACAUUUUCUUGCUUGGAUCAUUGGAUGCUCCUUCGUAUAUCAGAUUCGGGUUCUUCUCGGGAUUAGCAGUUCUCAUAUAUGUGUUUUAUAGUGUUCAUGCGAGCUAUGAUGCUGAAGGAGACGGGUCUCUUGAUUUCAAAGAUGUUGAAAGCCUUGAAAGAAUCAACAUAGUGUUGAGUUAAUUAACAUUCUUGUUUUAGUAAACAGAACUUGGUGACAAUUUUGACCAAAAGGAAAAAUUAUGUCACUCUGAACAAAAAUAACGAAUUUGCCAUUUUGUGUUACACAAGUAGAGGAGACUAGACUAGAGAGAGUAGAGGUAUGAUAAAAAAAAGAGCGAAUUAUUGAUGUAACGUUUGCAGAAAAAUAGAAACUUGUACAAUGGAGAGUUUGAGGUAUAUAUGUAUGCCUAGUAUAAAUUGAUGUUAGUUGAUAUCACGUUUUAUUUGCAAAUAUAUCAAAAACGUAAAUCAAAUGUCAAUAUGUCAUGUAGUUAAUUUUUGGUUAACUAACAUACAGAAAAAUAUAUUAAAUCGAGAGAAAACAUGUAAAUAUCAAAUUGACAAAAAUAAAGUCUGUGGAGAAGCUAGUGAAGUCCAUUUACAGUGUAUUAGAAUCUCAUUUUCUUGCCUUUGAAGGUGUUGACACUUAACAUUGUUUCUUUCUCCUUCGCUUUACAGAUAUAGAAUAUAUUGUAAUCCUCUCAAAUCCAUAUAUUCCAAAGCCACUAAAAUAAAGACAACCCAAAUAUAAUACAACAAAUAGAACUGUAUAUUGACAAAAAAAAAAAUAGAACUGUACAAAAAAAAAUUAGAAUGGUUAGACGAAAGUGUUAAUCAAGUUUUGAUCAUAGUGACAUAUGCUGAAAUGUAUCUAACAUUGUUUUGUGAAAAUGAAUAUAGAUGAUAUACUUUGAAAAAAAAAAAAAAAAGAAUAUAGAUGAUAUGCGUUAAGUAUUCAUAGGAAAAUUAGAAGAUAAAGAUCCCAAUAGCUGUCAAAAAAAAAAAAAAAAGAUCCCAAUAAAGUUUGUGAAUAAAUGAAUUCUUUUCUAUUUCACACAAAGGGUUGAUACUUUAGAUUAGAUGAUAAAAAAUCAAAACAGCAGCAAGUAUUUGGCAUCUUGCAAGAUCGGAUAUUGUUAUACUCCACCAAUAAAAGCACAAAUAAAGUUUGCUUUAUUCCAUUUCGUUAAUUACGUCGAAUAUGUAGAUGUCCAAUUUGUAAAGUCAUAAGUAAAACAUGGAUAACGUGCUAACACUUAUCAUCCACGAAAAACCUAACAAAUCUAUGCUUUUAAAAAUUCAAUUGGGUGCUGAAAAAGAGUAUUUUUUAUAAAUCAAAUGUUAGUUUAACCAAAACGGUUUAUUUAAAAUAUAAUUUGUGAUUUUUUUUUCAAAAUUAGUUAUAG